AUGGAGGAUAUAGAUGUAGCUUAUCCGGAAUAUGAGUGGAUAGUAGAGCUAGGGCGUUUGACAAAAAUUAGCCCAGCCAAUGGGCAAACACCAAAGAAAGCCCUGUUUAUUGAAAACAAAACCUUGCUUAUACAAGAGGUCGAUAUGUCUCCUUCACCAAUUGAACCUGAAGGAGGGUAUAAAAUUAAAGGAAUCCUUGGAAUCAUACAGAUUUUUCCUAUUUCGUAUCUUCUAGUGAUAAAGGAGCAUAAAUUAGUUCAUGAAAUCACUAUUCCUAUUCGAAUGAGGAUCUAUGAGAUUACUGAAGUCGACCUGCUUAUCCUUGAUAAAGAAGGAGAAGAAAAUGUUGAAUACAAAGAUGCUAUUAUUAAGAUAAUGAAGUUUGGCUUUUACUACUCUCCAGAUGUUGACCUAACCCACAGGAUACAUGGUGACUUCAAUCAUUCAGAUAGAGAAGAGAGGAAAACAGAACUGAUCAAGGACAUCCCAAAGGAAAAUUUAGAGAAUUUAGACAACCAAGAUAAAUUCUGGUGGAAUAAAAGACUCUACCAAAAUUUUGAGCUAUGAGGCAUCGCUGAAUCUCCUUGGAGGAUCAGGAUGAUUAGAGGCCAUGUUGGAUGAGAAGAGAUGCUUCUUGGGAUCAGCACCCAAAUGAACAUCACUCUUAUAUCAAGAAAAGCUACCUUAAUGGGAGGUAUUAUAGAUACAGGAAUAGACGAUGAUGGAAGUGUCUCACACUAUGUUGAAACUGAGCAAUGUAUUGAGAUUGGAAGCAAUUUCAUUUCAUUUGUUAUGGUGAGAGGAGCAGUUCCAUGAUUCUACGACACUGAGCUGAUAAGAGAGUUUGAAAUGCACGACCCAGCGUUUAAAUAUCAUGUUAAAAGCAUGAUUGAGGAUUACGAGAAAGUUAUCUGAAUAAACUUGCUUGAUAUUAAUAAUCCUUAUGAAUUUUCAUUGACUAAAUUCUAUGAGUUUUUGGUCAAAGAAAAUCUUGAUGCUUUUAAAGAUUGUCUCAGAUACAAGCUGAUAAACUAUAAAGAAGAAGUCCUUAAAGAUGAUAUUGAGAAGAACAAACAGCUUACUGCUUCUGCAGAAGCAAUGAAGUUUUUAUGGAUAACUUCAGAGGGAAGUGUCAAAAAGACUCAAAAAUGAGCUCCUAGAUUCAAUUGUCUUCAUAACCUUCACAGGUCAAAUGAAUGCCAACAGAAGAUUUCUCUUAUUGUUCUCAAAUAAAAUUAUCAGAGCACUGCAUGAUGAAUAUGUAGUCGAUGAAACCCAAGUCAAAUGGAAAUUACUAUUUCCUAAAAUUGAAGCAAUGUAUAAAGCAAAUCAAGCUAAAAUUUGUAUUGAAAGUGGCUGUCACUGAAUCGCCAGUAAGAAGCAAGAGGAUGAUGGAUAUUUCCAAGCAAUGUACAGCCAAAUAACUUCUAUUGAGAAGUACUUCUACAAUUUCGUUACUUCAAUCCAAGCUAGAGAGGAUAACUUAUACCAAGAAGCACUAGAGUAUAUCAGAGGCUUGAAUAUGAAUCAAGAAGGCGUAGCAGACAACAGCAUUGAUAAAUAAAUUAUUCGAAGAGGAACAAAAAUAUUCCAGAAUAAAUCGGUACAAAUUUGGGUUCCUCACCUGGAACCUAGCUGGCAAAAACUAUGAUAAAUAAAAUGGACUUUUAUCGGACUCUUCAUUCGAACAAGGAAACUCUUCAUGAGCCAGCAGAUAUAAUCUUUGUAGGGUUUCAGGAAACAAGAAAGUUGAAUGCUUUUGCUAUAUUAAAGGGAGCCAGCAAGACUAGGAGUGAUCGACUCAAGCAAGAGGUCCUAGUAGCUCUCAACAAGAUCGCAAGAAAGCACGACAGUGACUUUGACUAUCUCUGCUUUGCAGAAGAGUCAAUGUGAGGCCAACUGAUCUUAGGAUACUGUAAAUCUUCUAUAAAAUGGAAGAUAAGUAAAAUUGCAAUGACCAAAAUCAAACAAGGCUUCGGUGGUAAAACAGGCAAUAAAGGUGCAGUUGUCAUUCGUUUUAACCUUGACAACACCAGUAUGAUUGUUGCCAAUGCCCAUCUUGAGAGUGGUAAGAAGCACCUUGCAGAGCGACUUUUUCAAUUCAAAGAUAUCAAAGAAAACUGUAUUGUGGGGAAAGGGAAGAAAAGUUACAAGUUUGAAUCCCAUAAAUGCAAAUUUUUCAUUGGAGAUUUGAACUUCAGGAUAAACCUUGACUAUGAAGAAGCAAAAUCAUUAGCCCAGAACUUCAUGCCUGAUGAUAAGAAGAUUUUGGAGGAAAAAGAUCAGCUGAACAUUGCCAAAGCUACAGAAGAAUAUUUGCAAGAUAUAAGAGAAGGGCCUCUUAACUUCCGUCCAACUUACAAAUACGAUGAUAAUAGUGAUGUCUAUGAUACCUCAAAAAAGUUGAGAGCCCCAGCUUGGUGUGAUAGGAUCUUAUGGUUCAAAAAUGAGAAACAUAUUGAUCAACUGAGUUAUGAGAGAAAAGAAAAUCAAUUUUCUGAUCACCGUCCUGUUCUAUCAUUCAUGAGUGUCUUGACUUAUACACACGACAGCAAGUUAAUGAGAGAACUCAAGCAAGAAAUGGUCAGAGAGAGAAAAGAAGAGUAUUUUAGAAGUAGAAGGGACAGCUACUUCAGCUAUGCAGUCACAGGAAAAUUUGAAGAAGAUAAUAAGAGAGAUUUUGAAGAAGAUGAGAUAGAAGAGUCACAAGAGACAGAAAAUCAAGAAUCUGAAAAUACAGUAUAAGGACUAUGCAAUUGUAGCCCUUAAAAUUUUUAGCCAGGAUCAAAUACUAGCUUCAGAUAUAAUCUCAUUAAAAUAUCUACUUCUCUUGUUUGAAAGAAUUUGUGAACUUUAGGGAAUUAUUUUAUGCACUCAGAGAAUGCACUAGGGAGAACCUGAAACUUUCAUUUACAUGCAUCAAAAUUUUAAUACUUUCUUCGUUUACUGUAUUUGCACUGAAUAUUUUAAAUUUUGCGUUCUUUAUAUAAUAAUCACUUUAUAAGCCACAAGUUCAUACUUGGUGAAAGGGACCAGAUUUAAUGUAAACUGAACGCAUAUAACUUUUCUUAUAAUUCAACAUAGAGCUCCAAAUUAGGACUCCAAACAUUUUUCACAAAGUUGUACUUUUAAUUCCAAAUAAAGGGAUUUUUUAUCAAUUUCUCAAUCUUAUUAACAAGAAUUUUACCUAUACUUGGAAUAUCGUUUAAUCUAAACUUCUGAUGAUGAGAUAAAGCUAUUUGGCUUUCUUUUAGGUAAGAGUUAAUAUCUUCUGGGCCAUAAUGAUCUUUAUAUACUUAGAUUCAUCUGGCUCAAUAAUAAUUAUUGCAAUUAGCUCAGUAACAAAAGAUUCCAUAAUUACAGAGUAAAAAUUAAUCAUAAUAGUAUCAAAGGAAUUAUAGAAGAGUGAAGAAUUUAUCCAAAUGAUCAGACUCUUGAAUUUUUGUUGAAAGCUAUUGGCUAAUAAAUAUUUUCUUUAUGAUUCUUGGAUCAAUGCAUCCAAGCUUGACAAGUCUGAUGCAUCCACAACAUCAUUUAAUAAUCUAUAGCCUUGUUUUCUAAGCAAGGAUGGAGAACAAGGUUAAAUAUGACUUUUGUAGUAUAUCCAUAUCUCACCUUUCCUGCUGUUUAAAAUUUUGAUCUUAAAAAUUAAUUCUCUCAGUACUAGUUAUUAAUCUGUAUGCUUUUAAUCAUUCUUUGAAUGAAUCAAAUGUUAGCUAAUCUACAGGUUAGAAGCACUGAAGCAAUAAUCAUGAAUAUACUUUCGAUGUAUUCAGGUGCUAUAGCAUCUGGUAUAAUUAGACUGAAUCUGGAGUACAUUUACUAAAUCAUCUAUCCAAUUUGAACUGCAUUCUUGCCUGAUUAUCGUGGCUCAUUACUUUGCUUCAUGAACUUUGAUUGGAGUUCAACUCACAUCAAUCAGUAUAAAGUAUCAAGAGUAAUAGUUAGGUCGGUUUCUGAUUCCAUGGCUUGUUCUUGAGUACUUAGUCCUUUC